GCCCUUCCUGCACCCACACCAAUGCGCACUUACCCAGGUCUAGAAGCAGGGUGCAGCCACUAGCCUGGGGAGCAUCUGUGUGUGUUAAGGGUGAUGCCAACAGAUGCUGGACCCAGGAAACUCUCUACCCAAGUCGGCCUGCAAGGCCUCCAGGGAUAGGCUUGCCAACAGCUGGACUUGAUCACCAGCUUGCAAAGUGAGGUCACACAUCUGGUGGAAUAACAAGCAAUCUUUGCUUUCCGGCUGUUUUUAGAGGAUUUUCACAGCAGCGGCUAGAAACCAGAAGACCACCACUUGGACCCUGGAGUCUCCUUUGAGAAGCCCAGCAUAGGAGAGAUUCCACCUCUGGGUGGUUUGCAGGACAAUGCUGGCCCUUCGGCGAGCUUCUGCUUUCCUGGUUCUGUUCCUCUCAGCUUUUCUGCCCCCUCCGCAGCGUGCCCAGGACCCAGGCAUGGUGCACUACAUCUACCAGCGCUUUCAAGUCUUGGAGCAAGGACUGCAAAAAUGUACCCAAGUAACGAGGGCAUACAUUCAAGACUUCCGCGAGUUCUCACAAAACAUAUCCGUUAUGCUGGGACGAUGUCUGACCUACACAAGCGAGUAUAAGAGUGCAGUGGACAGCCUGGCACUGAGGGUCGAACGUGCCCAACGGGAGAUCGACUACCUGGAGUACCUACGAGAAGCUGACGUAUGCAUAGAAUCAGAAGACAAGACCCUGGCGGAAAAGCUAGUCCAGGAAGUUGAAGAAGAGAAGAAGGUCCAGACUCUGCUCAAUGCAAGCUGUGACAACAUGCUGAUGAGCAUAAAGUCUCUGAAAAUAGUGAAGAGGACUAUGGACACAGAUGGCUCUUGGAUGAAAGAUGCUGUCAGCAACUCUCCAAAGAUUUAUUUCUUCAUUGGAUCCAGAAAUAACACUGUUUGGGAAUUUGCAAACAUGCGGGCACUCAUGGAGGAUAGCACCAAGCCAGGCCCCCGGAAGCUCAUUUUAACACAUACCUGGCAGGGAACAGGCCAUGUGAUCUACCAAGGUUUCCUAUUUUUUCAUAACCAAGGGACUCCCAAUGAGAUAAUCAAGUACAAUCUGCAGAAGAGGACUGUGGAAGAUCGAAUGCUGCUCCCAGGAGGGGCAGGGCGAGCACUGGUCUACCAGCACUCCCCAUCAACUUACAUUGACCUGGCUGUGGAUGAGCAUGGGCUCUGGGCCAUCCACUCAGGGCCAGGCAUCUAUGGCCACUUGGUUCUCACGAAAAUUGACCCUGGCACACUGGGAGUGGAAUACUCAUGGGACACUCCAUGCAGAAGCCAGGAUGCCGAAGCUGCCUUCCUCUUGUGUGGGGUUCUCUAUGUGGUCUAUCGUUCUGGUGGCCACAGCCUGCAUCGCAUCACCUGUGUCUAUGACCCACGGGGCAUUAUCAGUGAGGAGGAUCUGCCCAACUUGUUCUUUCCCAAGCGGCCAAGAAGUCAUUCCAUGAUCCAUUACAAUGCCAGAGAUAAGCAGCUCUAUGCCUGGAAUGAUGGAAGCCAGAUCAUUUACAAACUCCAGACAAAGAGAAAGCAGCCUCUGAAGUAAUGCAUUACAGCCGGGAGGGAGCGCGCCUUGGCCUUGGAAGCUGCUCUCCAGGACAGUGAGGCCACAGCCCCUGUACAAUACUGUGUCCCUCUCAUCGCAGACAGAGAGAGAUAGGGUCUGGAAGUCGGAAUCCAUGUGCAUCCUUCCAGAUGUUACUGCCUUAAAGAUCUUUCAAGAGCUUAAAUGAGAGUCUGUCAUUUAGAAAAUUUCAACAACUUCAGUUACCCAGCCAAACCUCCUGCUGCUCAAGGCCUUCCACAUUCUGAUUCAGUUUACUCUCAGCCUUUUCUUUUAUUAGCAUUUACUCUAACUCAACCCAUGCCACCCCUCCAGGCAGUUAGAAAUGUAGGCCACCCCCUAAUACUCCUGGCAUUUCUCUCCUCUGGCCUUUCUUUGAUCAAACUCCUCUUUCACAAAUGCCUUCUGAUAAUUCUUCUAUUUUUACUGCC